AUGAAACGAACCCUCUAUGAAGAGAGAGUACCACACGACCAUAUGGAUCCAUAUGGAGCCUCCGAAGCUUUGGUUGGUGGAAGAGAGCCUCCGAGUAAAAAGGAAAAACAACAAUCAUGCAAUAAUUCACCGCUUCGUUCAUCAUCGUUGAAUUCCCUACUCCAAUAUGAUCGCUAUGUAUUACAGAAAAUAUUUUCGUAUUGCCAUCCGAAAUUCAUGUAUGAAACCUUGAUGAUUAUCUGCCCCAGAUGGUAUUUCAAUUACUUUCAAAAGAAAUGUUUUGUUAUGUUUUUGAAAGAAUGGUUGUUGGAUCGAUGGAAUUUCUUGAUUCAAGAUUUGGAUAGUCAUAAACUUGGCGAUGCAAAGAAGAAUGUAAUAAUACCAAAAAUAUUACAACAAUUGAAUGCUGAAAUGAGUGAAGCAGACUCUGAACAGAUAUUGAAGUAUGGGUUGCGAUUAUUGAAGCUGUUUAUGAGCGAGCAUCCUUUCGAUAGAAGAAAAAAACAAAACAUGAACGAUGAUGAUGACGACAAUGAUGACUUUGAUGAGAAUGAAGAAGAUGAUGAACAAGAGGACGAUUUGGAAGAGGACGACUCAGAAGCUGAAAAUGAGGACCAUGAGGAUGAAUCAUAUCAAGGUAGUAGUAAGGAAGACGAAGAGGUAAAGAAUCAGAAUAUUCAUUCUGAAUGGUUUGCGAUAAAUCUGCCAAAAUACUCUCGCUGCUAUUCCUUAGAAAUUAUUUUUACAACAGACGAUCAAACGCUAUACAAAUUGAAUUGGACUAAAGGUUUGUCGAUAUUUGACAACACUGGAGGAAAUAUUAUCAAUUUUCUAUGUGAUAGAAAACUUAUAUUUGCUAAUUUUUAUGGUGGUUACUAUUAUCCUGACUAUGAACAAUGUCCGUACCGUAAAACUGAUUUUUGGGUGAAAAUCAGUAACCAUGAAGGGAUAUUAGCCGAUCAAUUGAAGCACAUUUUGGAUCAAUGGUCAAUUGAGGAUAACUAUGAAAAUGCUUUAAAUUUAUUGAAAACAAUUGGAAUGGAAAAUCCAAAAUCUAUAAUUUCUAAAGCAAAUUAUGAGGCGUAUCCAUGGGAUGAAGGAGAGGCACGAGGAAUUAUUCAUCAGUGGCCUUGGAUGUUCAACGAACUCGUUAAACAACAAGUUUUCGAGACUUAUUUAAUUAAUGACAACAUUGACAUCUCUACUAUUGUAGACGAUCGAUGCUUUUCAGACUUUUCAUAUUUUGAAACUUUAGCGAGAAAUUAUGGUGACUGUUUGACUGAUCUAUUAGCGAAAGCACCUCUCAGCUUUAGAAAGGAAAAAAGACUCAUUCCAUUGAUAAACAACAAUACUCAUGCUUUCAAAUUUUUGCAUGAAUCUCUAAGACAUGACAAGAACAUGCUAUUACAAAUGUUAGAAGUGAAUGGAAAUAUUUUAAAGUAUUUGAAAAAAGAAGAAUAUCAAAAUAUUAUCCCUGUGGACAGAAAUUUGGUCAUGUUUUGUUUGGAACACGGAUGUCAUCCUGAAUACAUUCCCUCCUGCAUUCCUUUCGACAAGGAAUUAGCAUUGUGUGCAGUUUCUGGAGGAUGUGCAAUUAAUGAUCUUCCCAAAGAGUUCAGAAACAAUUUGGAAGUUGUGCUCAGUGCCGUAAAACGCAAUCCGUUCAUAUCGUUGCAAUUUGCCAAAACACUUAUUAAUGACACAGAUGCGGCUUUACAAUUAGCGAAAUACUCUCCAUAUGCAUUCCGAUGGAUCUCUGAUACUGUUAAAAAGAAUCACAAAGAAGUAGUUGUAGCAGCUAUUGAAACAUAUUACGACGCGCUUAGAUAUGUUUUCGAGAAAGAAGAAUUUAUGGAGCUGGCGAGACAAUCUCUUAAACAAUUACUAGAAAAGGACAAGAAAAUUUGUGUCAAAUUUACUGCAACUUACAAAAUAAUAUUGGACAUUAAGGAAAGACACCAUCAAGUAGUGUUCAUGAAAGAACGAAUGGAAUAUGUCGGUGGGCCGUCGUUUCAAAAAGUGUUUGGACCUUGUAUUGAAGAGCUUGGCUACGACGCAGUGUUAACUUUUGAAUUAUCGAAGCAUGAAAUUGAAAACAAAACGGAGGAAGAGCUCAUUCAAACAUAUGUUUAUCCUUUCCUUGAUUCGGAAAGCAACACCAACUGGGAUUAUCUUAUUGAAACUUCAGCUCUGAGAAGUGAUUCGAAAGUUCGAGAGCUGGUUGAAAGUUAUCGAAAGAAAUAA